UUUGAUCUUCAUCUUAACUGUAUCCCAAGAGGCAAGAAGAUCAUCUGGGAAAGUUAAAAAAUGAAUCUUUUUCAAGAAUUCUUUGUUACUGCUAUGGUAAUACUUAUAUUUUCUUGUAUAAUUGUUAAAUUUGUUUCUGCUGCAGUGUCAAAAGAUGGAAGGGUUGAUAAAGAGAAAAUUGUUGUGGAGGAAGUCAAGAUUUCAAAAGGGUUGAUUGUUAGGAGUAGGAAAAGUAAGAAAAGAGUCAAAUUUGUUGAAGAAGGAGUUGUUGGAAAUGUUGAUCGUGUAGAAAGAGAAAUACCCAAUAAAGAUGGGAUUGAAGGGUUUGUUGAGAAAAAAAUUGAGGGUGUUUUGAGGAAAGGUGAAGACUUUAAGGGAGAGAAGGGUUUUGGGAAUCUUGAUUUGGUUGAGCAUUGUGGUGGUGAAAGGGAGGUGGAAAUUGAGGGUGUUUUGAAGAAAGGUGAUGACUUUAAGGGAGAGAAGGUUUGUGAGAGUCUUGAGUUGAUUGAGCAAUGUGGUGGUGAAAGGGAGGUGAGUGAUGUUCAUGAUGAUGCAGAUGUAUGUGGAAAAAUUGGGUUGGUGGAGGAAAAGGAUGAAGUUAAGAAAAUUGAGGGUGUUUUAAAGAAAGGUGAGGACUUUACGGGCGAAAAGGUUUAUGAAAAUCUUGAUUUGACUGAGCAUUGUGGUGGUGAAAGGGAGAUGAGUGAUGGUCAUGAUGAUGCAGAUAUGUGUGGAAAAAUUGGGUUGAUGGAGGAAAAGGAUGAGGUUAAGAAGAUUGAUGAGUUGCUUGUUGUGAAGGAGAAAGAUACCGCGAAUGCUGUGGUUGUUGAUGAAGCCAAAGUAGGUGAAAAUGAGGUGGUUGAGGUAGGAGGAGGGUUGAGUAAAGGGGAUGAUGAGAAGACGGAUAAGAUGGCGAUGGAUGAAGAUAGUGAUGAUGAUUGGGAGGGAAUUGAGAGGAGUGAAUUGGAGGAGGAAUUUGUAAAAGCUGUAAACUUUGUGGAUGGGGGAAAUGGAAAGAAUAGCAGUAUGGAGAAUUUGGGGAGUGAAUUGAUGAUGCAAUUGUAUGGACUCCAGAAAAUUGCAAUGGAAGGACCUUGUCAUGAACCUCAACCAAUGGCAUUGAAAGUCUACGCCCGCGCCAAAUGGAAUGCGUGGCAGAAAAUGGGAAGCAUGAAUCAGGAAGUGGCUAUGGAGCAGUAUAUUAAGCUUUUGUCGGACCAUGUUCCCGAAUGGACACAUCAUAGUAAGGAUGAUUGUGAAGUAGGGUCUUCAGAAACUAAAAUGCAUGGAGAUCCAGAUCCCAUUUCAGAUUCUUCUAAUGAUACAGGCAAAGAUGAAAGGACACAUGAAAUGAACCGUGCUGCAGAAGGAGAUGAAGGUGAAAAGGAAUAAGAAUGAGAAGAACUCACCAGCAGGCAUACUGCAAGUUCUGCUUCAAGAAUUUGAGGUCCUUGCAGCUCAUAACACAACUUGGUUCUCCCUAAUGUUCCCUUAUCAGAUUAUUAUGCAUCUACUCUGCAUAUGUAUAUAGUUAUUUCCGCUAAAUAAAAACGACACUAUAUUUAGAUAAACAAUGAUCUCAUUGUUUCAGUGACUUUUUAUUAUAUGAAGUGAAUAAUAAUCUCUUUGGUUAUUAUUAUUAU